AUGAGUCUUACUACAGCCAUCAAGGCAAACAUCCAGGGAGAUGUUUGGCCCGGUCUCCCUAAAAGAUUUCAAUCUUUUCUCUUUUUCCGCGUUCAAAACAGAAUUGAUUUCAAGAACCGACUGAGAACAUUUAUUCCCAAGAUCACCACGGCCCAAGAUGCCUGUGAGAUGGGCGAGACCAUUAAGCAGGCAAAGAGGGAAGCCGAACUAGCAAAGCGAUCAGCUAAGCUUCAAGCUUUACCAGGAGUCAACAUUGCCUUUACCUCGACCGGCCUUGAAGCACUUGGAGCAUUUGUGAAUGCCAAUGAUCAGAUGCUCGUCAAAAAGGAUAGACAGCUAUCUACAGUCUUCCGGAAGCAACAGCUCCGUGGUGGACUGUUCGAAAAGGGAAUGUAUUCGGAUCUUGUGGGCGAGGGGUGGGACAAUCCACAAGAGCUUCGAAAGGAAUACCAGCCCACCAGUGAUAAUGAGAGACUCAUUGAUGGUGUAAUUAUGGUGACCUCGAGCUUGAAGUCGGGUUUAGACGCCAAGAUCAGCGAGGUGAAGCAACAUUUCCUAGCCGAGGAGGGAGAACCCCUUAACCCAGACACCUACGUCCUCAGCAGAAACCCUUCUAUAGAGUUUACUCUGGUCAGAGAAGGAAAAGUUCGCCCUGGUGCUAUGAAAGGAAAGGAGCACUUCGGAUUCAAGGACGGAAUCAGUCAGCCUAUAAUUGAGGGUUGGGAUGAUCAUCAGCCCAAAGAAAAGGAGCCCAAAGCCACUAAAUCAGGGUUGAUUGUUUGCGGGCAUGAGGGUGACCCUAUGGGCCAACCAGCAUGGGUGAAAGAUGGCAGUUUCCUUGUUUUCCGUGACCUGCAACAACUUGUUCCUGAGUUUGACGAAUUCAUGGAGGAAAAUGCCCGGCACGCCCCUUUUACUCAAGAUCAUCCCAGGCCAGCCGAAAAGCUUGCUGCAUACUUGAUGGGAAGAUGGAAGAACGGAACCCCUGUGGAUGAGUCUCCUCAUGAUGACUCUGAUGAAAGCCUAUUUUCGUCAAACAACUUUGAUUACCACCCUGUUACAGAGCACUUGAAGUGCCCCUUUGCGGCCCACACCCGCAAAAUGAGACCACGAGCUGACUUAGAGCACGACCAUGCUGUCAUUAUCCGCCGUGGCAUUCCGUACGGCGAAGAAGUCUCAGCCGAAGAAAUGACCGAACGAAAGUCAGCUGAAGAUAAGGAACGUGGGCUUCUGUUUGUCUGCUACCAGAGCGAUAUCCGAAAUGGAUUCAACUUCUUGACUACCCGCUGGGCCAGCAACCACCACUUCCCCGACCGCAAGACUAACUUCGUUGGUGGUGAAGGUCCUGGAAUUGAUGCAAUUGUGGGCCAGAGACUGGAUCAUCACCCACCUCGCUCUAUCGGUCUUCCUGAUGGCAAAUUCCCUACCGAGGCCCGCAUGCCACUGGAAAGCUGGGUUGUUCAGAGAGGAGGCGAAUACUUCUUCGUGCCUUCUAUCUCGACAUUGAAGAACGAACUCACUGGCCCUACUCCUAUCUUUGACCAGGAGAAACUGGCGCAACUCCGUGAGGAUAACGCGUAA